AUGGCGGAGUGGCAAGUUCGUGAACAUCCUGAUACAAUCGUCUUGUUCGAUGUAGAUGGUACUCUAACACCAGCUCGUAAGAAAAUAACACCAGAAAUUGCGGAAAUACUUAAAAUUUUGAAAAAAAAGGUAGUCGUCGGGUUUGUAGGUGGCUCUGAUAUUGCAAAGCAACAAGAACAACUUGGACAAAAUGCUAUUAACGAAUUCGACUUUGCAUUCUCUGAGAAUGGACUUACUGCCUAUAGACUAGGAAAACAACUCGCGUCACAAAGUUUCAUUGAUUGGAUAGGUGAGGAGAAAUAUUCUAAAUUGGCUAAUUUCAUUUUGAAAUACAUCGCGGACCUUGAUCUUCCAAAGAAACGUGGGACAUUCAUAGAGUUCAGGAAUGGAAUGAUUAAUGUUUCACCCAUUGGAAGAAACUGCAGUACGGAAGAACGGAAUGAAUUUGAGGCUUAUGACAAAAUUCAUAACAUUCGACCUAAAUUUGUGCAAGCAUUAAAAGAUGCUUUUCCGGAUUAUUCUCUGACAUUUUCGAUUGGAGGUCAGAUAUCUUUUGAUGUGUUCCCCACAGGGUGGGAUAAAACUUAUUGUCUCGAUCAUAUUGAGUCUGAAGGAUUUAAAAAGAUUCACUUUUUUGGUGAUAAAACUUACGAGUGA